AUGCUGCUAGUGCAGGCAGUACCACUAAACACCCACCGUCACGGGAAGAACAACCGCCGCUGUCCAGAGAGCGGCUUCGCCGCCGCCCUCACCCUCCGCCGCGCCGGCCACCACGUCCAGAUCUACGAGCGGUCCAGCCUCAACAACGAGAUCGGCGCCGCCAUCCACGUCUGCCCGAACGCCUCUCGCGGCUUGGCCGCCCUGGGCCUCGACCCCGUCGCCGCGCGCUUCGUGACCGCCAAGAAGAGCUGGCGCGCCGACAGCGCGACGCUAACGUGCUUUCAUGAGGCGGAUGAGGGGUAUAUUUCCGAAAAGUUCGGGGCGCCGUGGUGGUGGUGCCAUAGAGUCGAUUUGCAUGAGGCGUUGAAGGUGUUGGCGCUGGGGGAGAAGGGCGAGGGGAAGCCGGCGGUGGUGCAUUUGAAGAAGGAGGUUAGGAGUUAUGAUGCUGAGGCGGGGUCUGUGACGUUCACGGAUGGGAGUGUGGCUAGUGGUGACUUGGUGGUCGCUGCUGAUGGUGUGCACUCCAAGGCUGUUGAGACCGUGAUAGGGUACCCGAACCCAGCGCUGCCGACUGAGAAGUACAACUUUUGCUACCGCUUCUUAAUCCCUACUGCAGAGAUCGCUGCGGACCCAGAGACGGCCAUCUGGACCGAGGGCGACGAUGGGAGGAUCAAGGUUAUUGUUACUGAGGGACGGAGGCUGGUGUGGUACCCAUGCAGGAAUAACGAGCAGCACAAUUUUGUGGCUAUCUUCAGCACCGAUGAUGAAGUCAAAAAUGUGGAAGAUUAUCGCACCCCUCUGGAGGUUUCCGCCCUCCUAGAAACCUACAAAGGCUUCCACCCAUCCGUUCUUGCAGUCCUCAAAAAAGCAAGAGACCUCAAGCAAUGGCCCCUCCUCUUCCGCGCCCCCCUCCCAACCUGGCGCCGUGGCAAGCUCGCUCUCCUCGGUGAUGCCGCGCACCCCAUGCUUCCUCACCAAGGCCAAGGCGGCGCCCAAGCAAUCGAAGACGCCCUCGCACUAGGCCUCCUCCUCACAGGCGCCAUGCCCGAGACCCUCCAAUCGCGCCUAUCUCUCUACGAAGGUCUGCGUCUCAACCGCGCCAGCGCGAUCCAGCACUUCAGUAACGCGGGUCAGGAUGAGCCGGAGAAGAUUCGCGAGGCGGCGGGUAAGUAUAUGGAUGCUGAUAAAGUGCCUAAAAACCCGGAGGAGUUCUUUGAGUUUAAUUUUGGGUAUGAUGUUAUUCAUGAUGCAAAGCUGGCGUUGCAGAAGGAGGUGCCGGGGUGGGAGGUGCCGGAGAAGUUCUUUGAGAGUGAGCCGAGACGGGGGACGUAUCCUUAGAUGGUUUUGCAGAGAGAGGAUGAGGUGGGGGUAAAGAUGGUUGGUUAUGGUGAUGAGAUAUGAUAGAUACAUUGGGUAUAGAGGGAAAAUAAAAUAUUGUUAACUGAC